CGCCCCGGAAGCGGAAGUGCUAGCGCCGCGGGAGGCCCUGUCCAGUGUGAGGCCGGCCCCGUGCGCCAGCCGUUCCGCGCCCUGCUCGCCCGGCGCUGUCCCUGCCGCCCUUGUUCCCCGCCUGCGGUGUCCACCAUGCUGUCGCUAGACUUUCUAGACGAUGUGCGGCGAAUGAACAAGAGGCAGCUCUAUUACCAAGUCCUCAAUUUUGGAAUGAUCGUCUCCUCGGCCCUGAUGAUCUGGAAGGGGCUGAUGGUGAUCACGGGAAGUGAGAGUCCGAUUGUGGUGGUGCUCAGUGGCAGCAUGGAACCUGCGUUUCAUAGAGGAGACCUUCUCUUUCUAACAAAUCGGGUUGAAGAUCCCAUACGAGUGGGAGAAAUUGUUGUUUUCAGGAUAGAAGGAAGAGAGAUUCCUAUAGUUCAUCGAGUCUUGAAGAUUCAUGAAAAACAAAAUGGGCAUAUUAAGUUUUUGACCAAAGGAGAUAAUAAUGCAGUUGAUGACCGAGGCCUAUACAAACAAGGACAGCACUGGUUAGAAAAAAAAGAUGUCGUGGGGAGAGCCCGAGGGUUUGUUCCUUAUAUUGGAAUUGUGACAAUCCUCAUGAAUGACUAUCCUAAAUUUAAGUAUGCAGUUCUCUUUUUGCUGGGAUUGUUCGUGCUGGUCCAUCGGGAGUAAGAAGCCUGCCUCACUGCCCCUGGAACAAUGCCGUACUUUCUGUUACCGAGCGUUUGGAGUAGCUUCUGGUCUGUGAUUGGUGGAGUGGAGAACACACGUGUUGGCACUUCCUGUAGCACUGGUUUGCAUUAGUUCAUGUUUCCACGCCAGAGCACGUAUGGGCGGGUGUGUGUGCAUCCCAGGGUGCACUCGAGGGGACUUUCAGUCACAGAAUUUCCUAUGUUGUCAUUGUCACACUUUCGCAUUUUUGUACAUCAGUGAAUUUUUUAUAUUAAAAGGUUGAGCCAAAGCCCCCAGUGUUUGUAUUUGAAGCCAAGCUUCACUUCUGAAGUGCCUACAGAGCUAUGUAAACAAAAGUGCAGCUGUGCGCACGCACGCAGCCGUCCUUCCUCCACAGCAGGGGAGCGGCGUCUGCUGAGGAGGCCGUCAGUCUUAACUUUUCAGAAUUUUAAAUAAAAGACUUUGCACAUUGAA